UUGGCAGGUAAAGUAGAACUUGGAAAUGGAAGAAGGCAUGGCAUAGAGAGAAAUCAAAGGGGGCGUACCCUUGGACCUUGGAUUUUGGAGUGGACCUCACCUCACCUCUCUCAACUUCAUCUCACACAAACUUCACACCUACCAAAAUAAGAAAACAAUAAGAAAAAGAUCUCCCUUUUUUGUCUGUCUGGUGUUUUUGGUUGAAAGGGUGCUUCCUGGACAAUUAUAAUAUACAUAUAAGACCACGACAGCAUUUGUUAUUUCUUCAAGCAUUCGUUAUUCUUUCAUUCGAUUAGCUAUGAAUUAGAGAGAAGGAUAAGGAAAGAGGGAAGAAAAAAUGAGUGUAUCAUUGACUGUGAUGACCUUCAAUCUCUAUGAUGAUGAGCCACAAGACAGUCCUAAUUCGUGGGAGAAGAGAAGGGAUUUGUGCAUAAGCGUUAUUACCAGUUACUCACCAAUCAUACUCUGUACCCAACAAGGAGUGAAAGCACAGUUGGAUUUUCUCCAGCAGGGCUUGCCAGGUUAUGAUCAGUUUGGGAUAUCACGGAAAGGGCCCCAAGACACUACUAGCGAGCACUGCACUAUCUUCUAUGAUAAGGAAAAGGUCGAGCUUCUAGAAGGUGGAACCUUUUGGUUGUCUGAGUCUCCCUCUGUACCUGGAAGCAUGUCAUGGGGCUCUGAAGUUCCUUGCAUUGCAACAUGGGCUACAUUUCAACUGAAAGGAGUUGAGCCUCCUGGAUUCUCAUUUCAGAUAGUAAAUACAAUCAUGGAUGAGUUUAGUCCUCGUGCCCGUAGGCGAAGUGCUUUACUUACAUGGCAGCACAUUGCAUCCUUACCCCCUAGCCUACCGGUUGUGUACUGUGGAGGUUUCAAUACACAAAAGGAAUCAACUACUGGACGCUUUCUUCUUGGAAGAUCAAGAGAGCAUGGUGUCGUUGGGGAUAUGAGGGAUGCAUGGCCUAGUGCUCGUGUGAGGAAAAAUGUUUCCCUAAUCCGCACUUAUCAUGGAUUCAAGGGUGACAAACAAGGAACCCUUGAAUUCCUCAAGUUAAUUUUUAGAGCUCUCUGCCUCUGCUGGGAUUGCCAAACACAGGAUCUUCACAUUGAUUGGAUCCUUUUCAGAGGUAGAUCGCUGAUUCCUGUUUCUUGUGAAGUGGUAAAUGAUAAUAUUGAUGGGUACUAUCCAUCAUCACAUUUUCCUAUCUUUGCCGAGUUCAUGCUUCCUCGCACUGUAAGAAUGCUAGAAUCACCUGUACAAGAAGAUAACUAAAUUUUUUUUUCUUGCCAUAUCUGGUGCUUCCCUUGUGGUGCUCUUUUUCUCCUUUUUGUAGCUGGGUCAAUCAUGAAUGUCUUUUGUGGGAAAUUGGGGUUUGUAAAGGUAUUGAUGGGAGGGGAGGAGUUUGAACUUUGAAGUAUGAUUUAUGUGCUUCUGAAAAAUGUGGACACUUGUCAGCAAAAUUUGUUAGCUGAAUACUGCCCCCAUAAUUGAGGAUCAUGUAUUGAAACAUAUUUAAUUUGCUCACGAAUUUAAUUUGUUCCUGCUGUUUCUUUCUCAAA